AUGGGAGACGUUCCAGACCAGUCUGACCUCAAAGCCGCCGUUGCCGACAUCCUGCGCACAAAUGACCUGGAGAAGAUUACCAUGCGUAUGGUCAUGACGAUGCUGUGCACCAAAUUUUCCGUGGAAGCCGAGCAAUUGGCUCCGCACAAGCGCUUUGUCCGUGAAACAAUCAACAAGUAUCUAGAGGAUUUGGAGCGCGCGGCCUCUGCCCCGGCCCCGCGCAAGCGGAAGAGCGCCGAAGCGCUGGAUCCCAAACUGCUCAAGCCCGUUCGACUCACCGGUAUUGAGCGCGCUGUUGUCCUUGCGGAGCCGCUGGCCACCUUUCUGGGCGACACCGUAAUACCUAGAUCUCAUAUUCCGAAGCGCGUCUCAGAGUAUGUUAAAAAACAUGACCUGCAGGACCCGAAUGAUCGGAGAAGUAUUUUAUGCGAUGACGCACUGAAGACUGCUUUGAAGGUCGAUACUUUCACUUUUUUUUCCCUCGCUAAGAUCAUUUCGGGGCUCGUACACAAACCAGAUGACUGCAGCCAGGAGCUUAAGGACCUAGCCAAAGAAGUGGAGGAGAAGUACUUGAUUGAAAAGCAACGGAAGAGGGACGAGAAUAUUGCGAACGGCGUUUUUCAGGAGAAGAAGUCGUCCAAGAAGGCAAAAGUGUCAAAAGCAAAAAGUAGCAGUAGUGCACCGAGAAAGCCGUCGGGCCUUCUCAAACCGAUGCAAUUGUCGGAGGAGCUCUUCGCCGUUUGCGGCGAAGCGCAGCUACCGAGGACAGAGGUCGUCAAGAAGAUUUGGGUUUACAUUAGGGAGAACCAACUCAAGGAUCCGAAUAACGGAAAUAGGAUACUCUGUGAUGCAAAGUUGCAAGCUGUGUUUGACGGUAACAGCACUGUUACCAAUAUGGGUAUGAACAAAUAUCUUAGUGCCCACUUGUCCCAAAUUGAAUAGGACCUGGGAUAUGGGGCUGUGUUCGCUGAUGGUGCUUGUUCCACAGAAGUUGUGUAAAUGCUGAGUUGGUAGGUCCAGCGCCAUCGUGUGUAUAGACAAGAAAGCUGGUUGCGGACCUCGAAGCGCCAUGUUGGUAGGCCCGCGAAUGACUUGAUUUGCCAGACGUGUCUACAAGCAGCGGUGGGUGUAGUCGAAGGUAAUUCACACUACUGAAGAAAGCACUGGCAUAGAAGGCGGCAGAAGGGUACCUAUCUCUGAGGGAUGUAAUAUUAUCAUGAAGUUUUUAAUGACGUACAAACUGGUUUGUGUUCGAAGGUCAAGACAGAACGAAGAGAAACAAAGUGAUCCCGUUUGUGUGCACGCUGCUUGGUCGGAGUGCUGGUGUUUUGAUCAGGUUUAAUGGGACAUUUGCCCAGCUUCUUUGCGGGGUUUGAAUCUACUGUAUAUAUAUAUGUAUGUAGUUGGGCGAGUCGUCGAGUAUUUUUUCUAUACGGCGGCAAGGGUUGUGGCAGUGGGAGUGGUCGGGCUGUUGCUGGAGAGAAAUUAUAAAUUGAAUUUUGGUUGGCUUUUACGCCAGGCAUUCAAAGCCCAGCGACAAGUGAUUCGCUGCUACAGAGUAAAGUCUCGAUAAGCUGCGUACCUGA